AUGCCAUACACUGCGCCAGCAAAGUCGUUGCUCGCCACACAGCACAUUGAAUACACCAAUCUUCCAUCCGACGCCUGCCCUGAACGACCGGGCGCGGCUGGGUCUGCAUCACAUCGACUGCAGAAUUCUCGAUCCUACUCUUCCACCUCAUACGUCCGUCGGCACAGGAGGAGCCCGUCGAUCUCGAAAUCGAACGUGCAUUCCUCCUCUGACCCGUCAUCCCGCCUUUCCCCCACCAUCGAUCCGCAUGCCAGUCUCCGCCAGUCUCCGCCGCCUCUGAACAAUGCAGCCAUUCCCCCGGGGGCGGUAAUCUCGCCCCCAGAAUCCGUGACGAACUCGAGUGAUGAGGAAUCAUCUGAACCGAAAGACGAGAUCAAACUUGAGGAACUCGAGGCUGCAGUGCGGUCCAUUGAGCAGCGGAGGGAGAAUUCACCUGAAAGAGAGACGAUGCGCCCGGCCGACGAGUCAGGAACUGAGGCUCAAUCCUCUUCAUCGCCCACUCCCCAGGCUAAGCCCAAGCCCAACUAUUUGCGGCUAUCCAAGGAGUCUCGCAAGAUCUCCCACUCACGCUCGUCUACUGAAACAGCAGUGAAUCUCAGGAGAGAACAGGCAUUGACCAGCUCGCCGGACGACAGCGAUGCCGAGGCUACCCCCAAGCCGCCAAUGGUGAGAAAGAAGUCAGGUGAACUGGUUCGUCCAGCUCUUCGUCCCGCCACAGCUCGUCGGCGACCAUCUAGCAUGCCAGGUACCCCGGUUUAUGCCAAGGCUGUGCAUUUCGACUCGCAAUUGGAGCAUAUUCGGCAUUUCUUGCAGCUCGACCGGCCCUUGGCUGUGAGCGCCGAAACGUCCCCGGUGGACAGCCACGAUGGUGAUACCGAGUUUCCAUUUGGUCAUGAUGCGGACAAAUCUGCCCCAUCUUGGGAGUGGGAGUUGCGGCUCUCGAACUUCCCUAAAGAUGCGCCCCACCGCGCUACUCAUGCAGUCCGCCUAGAACGGUUGUUCCUCUCAGCUGACAAGAAGAGUCUGAUUGGCUCUGUGUCUGUGGCUAACCUCGCGUUCCACAAGCAUGUGGUUGCCCGUUUCACGUUCGAUCAUUGGAGAACUGUGUCCGAAGUCGUCGCCGUGUACAGCCACGAUGUUCGUCGCAAGCACGCCCAUGAUGGACACGAUCGGUUCACCUUCGACAUCAAGCUCGACGAUCAGGCCAACUUGGAAAGCAAGAAAAUGUUUGUGUGCAUUCGGUACAACGUCGAUGGUCAGGAGCACUGGGACAACAACAACGGCAUGAACUACCAGGUCGAGUUCGUCAAAGCCUCCAAGCCUGCCACGAACAAACCAUCAGGUGGCAACCGCCCAGCUCUUCCUCGUAGUCGAACUUUCACUGGCUCUCACUCUGGUAGCCGCCCGCUGUCUAUGCCUCCCUCGUUUGAGGAUUUCGCCGACGUUGGCAGGAAGGCACCGUUCAGUAAUCCUUUCACCGCGAACGCAGGACCUCCGCUCAGUCGAAGCACCUCGAAUGACAUUGACACGAUCGGCCCUCCCAAGCGCCGCGAGAAGCCACAUCCACAGGCAUUCGGCAACCGGUAUGAUUUCGGGGCAUCGCUGACUGCGGCUAUGCGGACCAAGACUCCCGUUGAUCGGACCACUCUGACCGCACGCGCUCGGUCUACCCAGACCCCGGAGGCACCCAAGGCCAAGCCGGUGGAGAAAGAUUUGGACAUCCGGCCAGGUCGGAUUUCUCCAGUGAGAAAUGAUGCUCGACCAGAGGAUCUGAAGCCUUCCUCACUGGUAUCUAGCAAGCCUUGCCACGAGUCUUCGUCGUACAAAGAGCUGGUGGAUAAAUACUGUUUCUACGGUUCAUCCAACAAUACUCCCAAUGAGAAGCCGCCAAACUUUGCGAACUUCACCCUCAGCCUGAAAGGAGAGGAGCCAGCGAAACUCUUCAACGCGGCUGCUCCCUCGCCUCCUCUUUCUCCCCGCUCCCUGCCUCGAGAACUGGUUGCGACCGAGGCAUCUCGUGUGGAAUCUCGUCCAGCCUCGGGGAGCCCGCGAGCCUCUCCUCGUGCAUCGCCUUCAAUGGCCUUUCGCUAUCCCUACCACCAGACGACACUGCAGAAUGGAUUCAUGAAGGACUCUCAGUCGUCGCCAGUCAUUCGAGGGGGAUAUGAUGUUUCUUUCCUGGAGAUGCCCGAUUCCUUUUACUUUCCGUCCUUGACCGAUUAUGCAUAUGCGCCCUGUGUGGGUGCUCAGUGA